GGGAGGCAGAGGUCUGCUUGUCAGCACCAUGUCCUGGGCUCCUGUCCUGCUGGCGCUCCUCGCCCACUGCUCAGGUUGUGGCCCUCAUCCGGUGCUGAAUCAGCCACCAUCUGUGUCCUCAUCCCUUGGAACCACAGUCCACCUGGCCUGCACCAUGAGCAGCGACCAUGAUGUCGGCAUUUACAACAUCUACUGGUACCAGCAGAGGCCCGGCCACCCUCCAAGAUUCUUGCUGAGAUAUUUUUCCCACUCAGACAAGAGCCAGGGCCCCAAGAUCCCUCCUCGCUUCUCUGGAUCCAAAGACUUGGCAAAGAACACGGGGUAUUUGAGUAUCUCUGAGCUGCAGUAUGAGGAUGAGGCUGUGUACUUCUGUGCUGUGGCGGCCCAGAGCUUGGACAGGGAGAUGGACAGGGAAAGGAGGGAAGAAAAGCAGCCUGCUCCUUCAGGGCCCCAGGCACCCCAGGACACGCUUACCAUGAACUAAAGACAGAAGGGACACGCAUCCACACUGAGAGGUGUGAGUGGGCGAAGAGGAGGGUGGGCUGUGGGCUUCACAGAGAAGAGAUGCUCCCUGUCCAAUGAGGCCCCGCUGGAGGCUGGAUUGGGGGAUUAAAGCUGCUUGUGUGUCGGGAA